GGCUGCGCUGCUGCUUUCUGCUCACAUUCUGCUAGUAAAUUUCUCGGAAUAUCUGUGAAAAGGUCCAUUCAACAACAUGUCUCUGGGACGCACCUUCAAGCUUAACUCGGGAUACGAGAUCCCCGCCGUUGGUCUGGGGACAUGGCUAUCCAAACCUCAUGAGGUGGAAAACGCAGUCGAGGCAGCCCUGCGCGCCGGAUACCGUCAUAUCGAUGCCGCCGCAAUCUACCAGAACGAGUCAGAAGUCGGAAAUGGCUGGAAGAAAUCGGGAGUGCCACGUGAAGAGAUCUUUAUCACUAGCAAGCUGUGGAACACCCACCACCAUCCUGAGAACGUAGAAGAGGCCGUCAACAAGACCCUCAAGGAUCUUCAGACCGACUACCUGGAUCUGUACCUGAUCCACUGGCCCGUGGCAUUUCCACACCAGAACAAUUUCCAGCCCCCCCUUGACCCAGUCACGAAGCGCUUCCGGAUCGCAGACGUCCCCAUCUCCGAAACAUGGAAAGCACUGGAGGCCCUUGUCGAAUCGGGCAAGGUACGGAGUAUCGGUGUGAGCAACUUCACCAUUGAGAAGGUGGAAGAGCUGCUCAAGACUGCGAAAAUCCCUCCUGCUGCGAACCAGAUCGAGGCGCACCCGUACUUGCUGCAGCCUGAACUCACCCAGUACCUGAAAGAUAAGAACAUCCUUCCUGUCGCAUAUAGCCCUCUGGGCAACAACAUCUUCGGUCAACCUCGUGUCAUCGAUGAGCCUCAGGUUAUUGAAAUUGCGAAGAAACUUAACAAAGAUCCCGCUAUCUUGCUGAUCUCGUGGGCUGUUCAGCGCGGCACCGCCGUUCUGCCCAAGAGUGUCACCCCGUCCCGAAUUGAGAGCAACUUUAACGAUUUCAUCAUCCCCGACGCCGAGUUCGAAGCCUUGAACGAACUUGAUCGCAACACGCGGUACAACUACCCCUUCCGCUGGGGAAUUGAUAUCUUCGGAGAGUUGGGAGCUGAAGAGGCCGAGCGGCGGGCUGAAGAGGCUGCUGCUAAGGCAAGAGAGGAAGCUUAGACAUAUACUUGUAGAUGCUGUCAAAGGUGUCAGUCAACUGGCCAAUUCAUGUGCUGCGAUUACACAAGAAUCAACCCAUAUUAGAGACAAAUACCAACCACAUGGCAAAC